AUGGCGGAGCUGGGUGAGCCGGACGAAGCCGAGUUGCAACGCCUGGUGGCGGCCGAACAGCAGAAAGCGCAGUUCACUGCACAGGUGCAUCACUUCAUGGAGCUAUGUUGGGAUAAAUGUGUGGAGAAGCCAGGGAAUCGCUUAGACUCUCGCACUGAAAAUUGUCUCUCUAGCUGUGUGGACCGCUUCAUUGACACUACUCUUGCUAUCACCAGUCGGUUUGCCCAGAUUGUACAGAAAGGAGGGCAGUAA